ACCUCGUCCGCGUAUUUAACUCAUUCACUACCUCGCCGCACCACCAUGACUGAGUCUUGACUCUCUGAGAGCCCAUACAUCUACAACUACGCCCGCCGUAGCUUUAUUUUACACCCCCGUACCCGAGGGAGGAUUGCUUGCCAAUCUUUCCUCUAAGCCCCCUAUUAACUCGUGUAUUCGCCCUAGACGUAACCGGCAACAUGGCGAUCGACUUCGGCUUACCCGGUAUGGAUGGCCUGAAUCCUGACUUCCAGCUGGAGUUUGACGUCGUUAGCGACGGGCUCGACUGGGAGACAGCACAGGCACUGACGGAGAAAGGGAAGCACGCUCAUCAGGGUCGGUUCGAGUACUUCCAAUACCUACCACCCGAGCUGCGCCUAAAGAUCUGGGAGUAUAUGAUCGCGCCGCGGAUCGUGACCAUAGAAUGUGUCCGGAUCGACAGCAUCGCCGCCGAACAAGGCGACUCGCCUUCCGGUAACGCGCGCCGUAGGUCUCCUGCCUGGGCUCGAGACGAGGUUCUCCCCGUCAGGGAGAGGGCGCCUAUUGCAGUGCCAGUUCUCCUCAGCGUCUGCCGCGAGGCGCGCUGUGUAGCCCUUUCCCGGUACGAACCUGCCUUCUCCUGGAAAGCCCCCGACGUUUUCCUGUUCGACAGCAUGGAUCCGGACUCUGAUGAGGAGAUGGACGAAUCCGAUCUCUCCUCAAGCGAGUCAUCGUCUUGGUCUCAGCCAGGCGUCUGGUUCAACUAUGACCUCGACACCGUCUUCAUCCGGGGCAAGCUAGAGCCCCGCGACAACUACGGCAUGAGUAAUCCAGUGGCCUUCUUCCUGCGGCGCGAGGAUGCGUCCCGCGUGCGCAAGCUUGUCAUCUCGUUUUCAGCUCUGCGCUACGGCCGCACUGCCACCCAACAGAUAUUUGGUGCGCUGUUCCACGUGCUCGACCGCUUCACGCAUAUCAGUACCGAGAAAGGUCGUGUUCUGUUCACCGUUAACUCGAAGGACGAAUGGGAGAACUAUCUCACAGGUGGAGAUGUGCCUUUGGUCGAAGAACUCAAGUACUUAUGCGCUGCGCUCAGGGCUGCGCAGCGACGGAACGUCAGGCGGGUGGUAGAUGACGAUGGAAUCAAUGCUGUCCAGAGGAUCUGGCGCGACUGGUAUAAGGGCACCGUUGUCCAGCCAUCUAUGGUGGAUAUGCAGUUCCAAAUGAUCUGCGAGACCAACCUUAAGCGGCAUGUGGCAGAGUUGGAGUAAACUGUGGCGGUUGAAGGUGGCCGAUGACGCGACGCCAGAGCGAAGACGGUGGCCAAACAGGGGUUUCCAUGUGGGCUUUUUUUUCUUCACUUUUAUAUUCACGCUGUCCUGGAGUUGAGUG